AGGUAGGGGGAAGGGAAGAGGAGGAGUUUAAUCAGCUGCAAUACUACAGCUCUCAGGAUCCUCGUUAAUUGCUAAUUGGAGUCAGUGCGCGGUGUAAGAAACCCUUGCAGGGACAGCAGCUGCCGGAGUGUGAAGAGGCUCAGACGAAUAUCCUGCAGCCCAGUCUAUUCAGUAGUCCCGCAUCGUGGCGCUUCUCGCAGUCAGCCAGCAGGUGGCAGCAGAGCGGACGGUUCCUAGGGGCUUCCCUCUCAGUUGACAGCGCACUUCCCAAAUAAAACAAGAAGUGAAGCGCUCGUGGGACGGAGUUGCUUGGAGAGACGUUUCCUCCUUUCACACAACGUGGAGUUGCCAGGGAACCGGCUAGCGCUUAAUUCUCGUAUCUUCUGGCUUUCGAGAGAUUUAACACGACUUUUUUUUUUCUUUUUUUAUGCGUUUGGGUUUGCUUUGGCUGCUAUCUGUUUAUCAAUGGACUGAGUUAGAGAAACGGAGUGCGAGCUGUUGGCUCCAGUGAGCUCCCCCUCCUCCUUCUCCUCCUCCCCCCCCUCCCGCACAACAGGUUUGAAAUACUGAUUCGUUGUCAAGACCACGCUAUUGGCACUUCAGUUUAGACAAACUUGACUGCACCUUCAUUUCCUAGGAACAUGGUAGACUGUUUGAUUGUAUCUUUACGAUUGGUUAGCUCCAUUGUUUUGUUAGGAGUUCAGCUGGUUGUGUCCCAGCAGUCGAUUGAUCACAGAAAGGUUCCACAAAGGAUAGAGCAGCAAAGUGACACUGCAGCAAACUUUACUACAGUGCAGUCUGGCACCUGGGGAAAUUGGGGUCCUUGGUCCGCUUGCUCUAGAAGCUGCAGUGGAGGUGUUAUGGAACAAACCCGACCAUGCCUUCCACCCCAUUACCAAGAAAGGAGCUACCAGGCCCCCAGUGAGCAGUAUUCUGCUGGAGAAAGAACUCAUAGCUACCAGAAUAAUUUCAAUCAUGACACUGUAAUCAGUCCCUAUUCUGGACAUGUUGUGUCAGCCAUACGGACAUCUAUACCCCUGCACAGAAGAGGAGAAAAUCCACGAUUCAACAACGUUCCAUCUUCAGGAGAUUUAAGUCAAAAACACCAAGAUCGAGGAACACUGAGGGGCGGUAGACAGUUGCUGCUACCAGGGCAGAUUUCUAAGCAUGAAAAAAGAAACAGAACCCAAGGUCUAAAAAGCCCAGGAUCCUAUGGGUAUGGAAAAGUCCCUUAUGCAUUACCACUUCAGAGUGAUACAGGUCAAGCAGCUCGGAGAACCCGGAGGCAGCGUCCAUCAAUUCGCCAGUCUGCUUAUAAACAGAAUACAGAUACACUAAUUAACCAGUGGCAGGCUACCCGUUCAGAAGUUUCCUCAAUACCCCAGGGUUUAUACCCAGAUAUUUCCAGACAUGGGUUUGCAUCUCUCCAGCUCCUGCAAGAGAAACCUCAAAUGCCACGUGGAGCAACAUCAAUCACAUGCAUUGGACCCUACAAACAGCACAAACUGUGCAAUAAGAACCUUUGUCCUGGGAGCAACAGAGCCAUCAGAGAAGUGCAAUGUGCAUCCUAUAACAACAAGCCCUUUAUGGGGAGAUUGUAUGAAUGGGAACCAUUUAUAGAAGAAAAGGGUGCUCUAAAGUGUGAGCUGACUUGCAGAGCCGUGGGUUACAGGUUCUAUGUAAGACAGGCUGAGAAGGUUAUAGAUGGAGCACCUUGUGACCACAAUGGGACAGCUAUUUGUGUUUCUGGUCACUGCAAGAAUAUUGGCUGUGAUGACUAUUUGGGGUCAGAAGUGCUUGACAAAUGUGGUGUCUGCGGAGGAGAUAACACCGCUUGUAAAGUAGUCUCUGGAGUUUUCAAACAUGUAUUAACUAAAGUAGGAUACCAUAAAGUUGUGGAAAUUCCAGAAGGUGCCACAAAAAUAAAUGUGACAGAGAUGACAAAAAGUAACAACUAUUUAGCCCUACGCAGUCGAUCAGGCAGAUCCAUCAUCAAUGGAAACUGGGCAAUUGACAGACCUGGCAGAUAUGAAGGAGGUGGAACCCUGUUCACAUAUAAGAGACCAAAUGAAAUUUCAAGCACUGCAGGAGAAUCUUUUUUAGCUGAAGGCCCCACAAGUGAGGCCCUUGAUGUUUAUAUGAUACAUCAGCAGCCAAACCCUGGAAUUCAUUAUGAGUAUGUUAUUCCAGCAGCGAAUGCCAUCAGCCAUCAACUACCUCUUCAUCGACGACCAGCUGAACCUUUUAAUGGCCAGUUAGAAGAAGAAGCCUCAGACCCUACAGAAAAGAGAGAUUCCUAUAGUGAACUAGACACUGAAUCUUUUCCUGGUAGACAUCCCGGGAGAUAUCCCUCACACCAGCCAGAUAACCAAGUACUUCCAUUACAACCACCAAGGCAAAGCCGAGACUUUAACUGGAAGCAAGUGGGGUCAACUGAAUGUUCAGCUACGUGUGGGAAAGGGUCCCGCUAUCCAGUGUUUCACUGCGUAAACAGAAAUACACAUGAAGAGACAGCAGAUGUUUUCUGUGACUCCAGUACCAAACCAAGUGCAGAAGAGGAGCCUUGCAAUCUCUUUCCAUGCCCAGCCUUCUGGGAUAUAGGAGAGUGGUCUGAAUGCAGUAAAACCUGUGGUCUGGGAAUGCAGCACCGGCAAAUCCUCUGCAGGCACAUCUAUGCUAAUCGCACUCUUACAGUACAGCCACACCGCUGCCAAAGCCUAGAGAAGCCAGAGACCACCAGUACAUGCCAAUUGAAAAUCUGCAGUGAAUGGCAAAUAAGGACAGACUGGACACCUUGCUCAGUGCCCUGUGGGGUGGGGCAGAAGACCCGGGAUGUUAAGUGCAUCAGUAACAUUGGGGAUGUUGUUGAUGAUGAAGAGUGCAACAUGAAACUACGUCCAGAUGAUAUUGAGAACUGUGACAUGGGCCCUUGUGCAAAGAGCUGGUUCCUUACAGAAUGGAGUGACAGGUGCUCUGCAGAAUGUGGUGAAGGUGUGAGGACACGAUCUGUGGUGUGCAUGUCCAACCAUGUAAGCAGCUUGCCUUUAGAAGGGUGUGGGAACCAAAGACCUCCUGAAACUACAGCAUGUAAUAAUGGACCUUGUGAGGGCAAAGUUGAAUGGUUUACUGGCAGUUGGAGUCAGUGCUCUGUGGAAUGUGGUACUGGUACACAGCAGAGAGAUGUCAUUUGCAUAAAAAAGGCAGCUGAGGGUUUCAAUGUAGUGAAGCCAAAUGAAUGUUCUUAUUUGGAACGACCCCCUAACCAACAAUCCUGCCACCUCAAAUCCUGUGGAGCAAAGUGGUUCUACACUGACUGGAGUACAUGCUCUAAAUCUUGUGAAGGGGGAUUUAGAAUCCGUGAGGUACGGUGUCUUGCAGAUGACAUGUCGCACAGUGAUAAGUGUGAUCAAGAAUUAAAGCCAGAAGACACAGAGUCCUGCAAUACCCAAGACUGCAUGCCAGAAAUAGAUGAAAACUGCAAAGACAAAUACUACAACUGCAAUGUAGUGGUACAGGCCAGACUGUGUGUAUACGCUUAUUACAAGACGGCUUGUUGUGCAUCCUGCCUACGAGCAGCCAGCAGACAAUCAGGAUUUUUGGGGAGAAGAUAACAGCUACUGAAAUCUGCAUUCCAGCCCACUCACAGAGAAUGACUGAUCUCUCUGCCUUUUAUGGACAGCUACUCCUCAUUCUAAUUCCACGUGGGCCGUGCUCUCCAUUAGAAUCAUCACAACUUGUAUAGGAACAUUCUGCCUUUUUUUUUUAUAAUUAUUAUAUGCGCUGUGAUUUUUGUUUUUUUAGAACACUAUUUGAAUUUAGGCAAUGUGCACACUGUUGGAACAACUGCUCCCCCUGAUGCAAUCAUUAACAGCUCCCACAGUGAGAAGUCUUUGAAGAGCUAAAUAAAAAGCACAGAGCUGGCAGUA